CCAAAGCCAAAAGAAUCCAGAGGGAAAGGCGAUGAAAAUGGCGACUCUCGCCUUCCCGCCACUCUCUGCGUCGACUUCUCCUCUUCCGACCUUCGACUCCUUCUCAGGAUGCAAGUCGAAGAGAAACCACUUCAAUCUUUGCAGCGUCAUCGUCCGGCGGAGGAGAGCAUCUACACCGACCUACAUCAGCGUGAAGGCCCAGGCGGACGAUGGGAAUAAGAAACAGAACAACAUGAGCGCGAAUGGUCGCAGCGCCUCGUGGGUGAGUCCCGACUGGCUGACGUCUCUCUCCCGCCUCGUUAAGAGCGUGGGCGGCCCCGAUGAUUCGGGCAUUCCGUUGGCCAACGCCAAGCUCGAAGACGUCUCCGACCUCCUCGGCGGCGCACUCUUCCUCCCGCUCUUCAAGUGGAUGAACGAGUACGGGCCCAUUUACAGGCUUGCCGCAGGCCCCAGAAAUUUCGUCGUCGUCAGCGACCCCGCGAUCGCAAAGCACGUCCUCAAGAACUAUGGCAGGUACGCGAAGGGCCUCGUGUCAGAGGUGUCGGAGUUCUUGUUCGGCUCCGGGUUCGCCAUUGCCGAGGGAGAGGCAUGGACGGUUAGGCGCCGGGCUGUAGUGCCAUCUCUUCACAGAAAAUAUUUAUCCACGAUUGUUGAUCAGGUGUUCUGCAAAUGUGCUGAAAGAUUGGUAGACAAGCUCAAAUCAGAAGCUUCAAUAGGCUCUGCGGUUAACAUGGAGCAAAAAUUUUCUCAAUUGACCCUCGAUGUCAUAGGUUUAUCAUUGUUCAACUACAACUUUGAUUCUCUUACUUCAGAUAGUCCUGUUAUUAAUGCUGUUUAUACUGCACUAAAAGAAGCGGAGUCUCGCUCAACUGAUAUUUUGCCUUACUGGAAGAUUGGAAUAUUAUGUAAAAUCAUUCCACGACAAAUUAAGGCAGCAAAAGCCGUUGCAACUAUCAGAAAGACAGUUGACGAACUUAUUGCAAAGUGUAAGGAGAUAGUUGAGGCUGAAGGUGAAAAGAUUGAUGGUGAAGAGUAUGUGAAUGAGUCAGACCCAAGCAUUCUACGUUUUCUAUUGGCAAGUCGAGAAGAGGUUUCUAGUUUGCAACUGAGAGAUGACCUACUGUCAAUGUUGGUUGCUGGGCAUGAGACAACUGGUUCUGUCUUGACAUGGACUCUAUAUUUACUGUGCAAGAAUCCGUUCUGUUUGGUCAAAGCACGGGAAGAGGUUGACAAAGUUCUACAGGGAAGACUGCCUAGCUAUGAAGACACAAAAGAGUUGAAGUACAUAGCUCGCUGUCUGAACGAGUCUAUGCGUCUGUAUCCACAUCCACCUGUUCUACUCCGACGAGCACAAGUACCUGAUGAACUUCCAGGCAAUUACAAGGUGAAUGCUGGACAAGACAUAAUGAUAUCGAUAUAUAAUAUUCACCACUCAGCCAAGGUCUGGGAAAGAGCAGAAGAAUUUAUACCUGAAAGAUUUGACUUGGAUGGUCCAAUCCCAAAUGAAACAAACACCGACUUCAGGUUUAUUCCCUUCAGUGGUGGACCACGAAAAUGUAUUGGGGAUCAGUUUGCACUGCUACAAGCAAUUGUGGCCCUUGCAGUUUUGCUUCAGCAUAUGGAUUUCAAGCUUGUUCCGAAUCAAGAAAUUGGCAUGACUACUGGAGCUACCAUACAUACAACAAAUGGAAUGUACAUGACCGUGGCACAGCGGAGUCCAAAAACCGUGCUUGCUGCAUCUGCUAGUUGUACUCGUUUGACAAAUUUUAAAAUGUUUGCAACAGAAGCUAAUACAACACCUCAGGUGACCGGAGAAAGCGAGAAAGGCUCUCAUGGAAAAAGGCACAUGGAAAGUUGCAUCUGUCCCUGCAAGGUACAAGUUGGGUCGAGUAGGUAUCGAAUAGCGUCCAACGAGUGAAUAACCUGAUUGGAGAAUUCGGGAGAGUGGUGAUAUCUUGGCCACUUGCUAAUUCCGAAGGAGAAAAGGGAAGAGGUGACGAAAGACGAAUUAAAGAAGAACGGGACAACUUAAUUUUCAGUUGAGAUAUUUUUGGUCUAUAAUUUAUUAAUUUUCGGUAA